CAAAGACCUGAUAAACUUGUCCAUUCAAGUCAUAAACGUCGUUUGAUCUUUUUCCUUCUAAGAUGGCCAAAAGAAAGUUCAUUAUUGAUUGUGAUGCUGGAGUAGACGACGCAUUUGCUCUUAUAUUAGCUCUAAACCAACCAGAUGUGGACGUUUUGGCCGUGACUUGUGUUGGAGGGAACACAGAACUAAACGAUGUCUGUAUAAAUGUUAUGAAGGUGUUGGARGUCUGUAAGAGAACAGAUGUACCUGUCUUCAAAGGAGCUUCUACCUCUUUAAUUGGUGUGACCACUAAACGAGCRUCCCAUUUUCACGGCAAGGAUGGUUUGGGAGAUGCAACAGGCAUUCCUGAUCCAGACAUGAGCAGACUGAAAGAAGAGCAUGCCGUCAAUGCCAUCCUCAGACUAACGAGGCAGCAUCCUGGAGAGAUAACUCUAGUGGCAUUAGCUCCACUGACUAACAUAGCACUGGCAUGCCGUCUGGACCCAAUGUUGCCACAGAAUCUAAAGAAUGUUGUAAUAAUGGGAGGAAACUGCGAAGCAAAAGGAAAUGAUGAUAGAGUCUGUGCUGAGUUUAACUUCCACACUGAUGUUGAAGCAGCAUCCGUUUGCCUCAAUGAGCUCACUUGCCCAGUUGCCAUAGUAACAUGGGAGACUUGUCUGCAACAUUGUUUGUCGUGGGAGUUCUAUGACGAACUCACAAGCCUUGGUACUGACAAGUCUAAUUUCUUUAAGAAAAUCACUAAAACAUCAUCUGAAUUUUACAGGCAAAAAAAGGAAGGUUAUGGAAUGUUUUAUACUUGCUGUGAUUUGUUUGCCAUGGCAGUUGCUGUUAGCCCCGACAUCGUUGAGGAACAAACCCAUGUUCACGCUACCGUGGAGCUGAGUGGAAAACACACCAGGGGUCAAAUGGUUGUAGAUUGGAGAGGUUCUCUCAAGAAACAACCAAACCUGAUGCUUGUACGAAGGUGUAAUAUUGAGAAAUAUAAAGUACUUGCUCUGAACUCUCUUAAAUAGAUUCCCAGAACACUGAAGGACUUGUUAAUGGCAUAAGCAGUCAAGGAUUUGCAGGAUUAUUAUUUAAAAGCCAUCUUGAUUUGAGCAUAUAAAUACUUCUCUAUCAAUGGGACACCAUCUUGCCUGGUUUCCACUUAAAGUAUACAUCAAGAGAAAAAAAUGUAUUUUCAAAAUCACCUAUAUAUAUGUGAACAGUGCAGUGGUAUGGUUGCAGUAGUUUUGUAUGAGGUCUUCUCUUUUUAGAGAUAUAAACAUUUGAAAUAUCAAUAUGCAAAUAAGAUGACGUAAAUUCAAGAAUGGCUUACAUUCUCCUCAUAUAUACUCCACAUUAUGACCUCAUUGUGCGAUCCUCUAACGCGCAUGUAAUUUACAAUAGUGUUUUGAAGUGAAAUAACCUAAAAGUGUACAAGACCCUAUAUUUCAGUUAUAAGGAUAAUUUGCAAAUGAAAAAACAACAGUACUUCCCACAACAGCAUUGUUGUAUAAUAAUAAAUUAGACUUAGUUAUAUCAUCUCAUUUGCAUAUUAUUGAUAUUUCGAAUCUUUAUAUUUCCAAAAAGAAAAUUCCACAUACAAAAAUACUGCAACCAUGCUACUACACUGUUCACAUAUAAGUAAUUGUGGAAUAAAAAUUUUUGCCUUGAUAUACACUGUAAAGGUUUCCACUCAAGAGAGGUUUGUUUUACAGUCAAUACGGGAAGAAAGUUUCAGGAUGGUGCAACUAGUUGUUYUUUUAAAAGGGUGUUAGCUUAAUAGAGGCUAUUAUUGUUAAAACUGCUUGCUUUCAGCUAUCUUCAAUAGAGAUUAGAUCAUCUUUAGUUAACGAUAAGGAAUGAACACCAAGAAACCAACACCAAGUGAUUAAAAUCCUAGGGUUGUUGGGUAAA